AUAUCUGCGAGGACCCCCGCCUCUUUGUGGAUGGCAUCAGCUCCCACGACCUGCACCAGGGCCAGGUGGGCAACUGCUGGUUUGUGGCCGCUUGCUCGUCACUUGCCUCCCGGGAGUCGCUGUGGCAAAAGGCUCCAGCCCACUUGAGUCCUUGGCGUUGGCGGCGGCAGCAGCACUUGGGCCAUGGCGGAGGACGGGCCCCAGCAGCUGCAGCUGGAGAUGCCGCUGGUCCUGGACCAGGACCUGACCAGGCAGAUGCGGCUACGCAUGGAGAGUCUGAAGCAGCGUGGGGAGAAGCGCCAGGACGGGGAGAAGCUGCUGCGGCCAGCAGAGUCCGUGUACCGCCUGGACUUCACCCAGCAGCAGCGGCUGCAGUUUGAGCGCUGGAAUGUUGUGCUGGAUAAGCCGGGCAAGGUCACCAUCACGGGUACCUCGCAGAACUGGACGCCCGACCUCACCAACCUCAUGACGCGCCAGCUGCUGGACCCCGCUGCCAUCUUCUGGCGCAAGGAGGACUCGGAUGCCAUGGAUUGGAACGAGGCUGAUGCCCUGGAAUUUGGGGAGCGCCUGUCAGACCUGGCCAAGAUCCGAAAGGUCAUGUACUUCCUCAUCACCUUCGGCGAGGGUGUGGAGCCCGCCAACCUCAAGGCCUCAGUGGUUUUUAACCAGCUCUGAUGGCAGCCGCCGGCUGCUGCCCUCCUCUCACCCACUGGCAUCCUCCCCUUCCCUGCCUCCUUCCCCCUGUAUAUUUGGGGCCGUUCUCACUGCUCAGCUUGUCCUCAGCUUGCCCAGAGGCCCCCUAAGUCCCACGCCCUUCCUCCUCUGCUUCUGCCUGGUGUCAGCAUUCGGGCUCACAGGAGGAAGAUUCCAAGGCUCUGUAGUCUAGAAGCAGGACCAGCCACUGCACUGCUGUAGAUGACAGAGGCCUACUCGGGUCCAUCGUGCAUGGAUGGGGAGGCCAGGGCCAUCUGCCUUAUCUCUGCUUCACUGUGGGAGAGAGAGACUGAGAAAGACCAAGAGAGACACAGAGACAGAGACUGAAAAACCUGGCAUCCACUUCCUCUAGGGUCGGGGAGAUGGAGGUGACGGGGAAGUCUCCCUGGGGAGUCCAGCAAGCUGGCGCUCACUGCCCCCUGGCCUUGGUGCCCCUUGCUGGAGCCUGUUUCUGGACUGCUGGUCCCAUAACACCUUGACAGCCCUCAGGAUGUGGGGCAGGGUUGCUGCAGGGGUGGAUUCUGGGAGUGGAGAGUGGCUGGCUCCCUGGAGGCUGUGUAGGUCCAGCUCUGGCUAUUCUGGGCCUGACUUCAGUGUGGAGAGUGAAGGGGGAGGUUACACAGAGAUCUGUCUCUACAUACAUGUAUCCAUGAGAGAGAGUGUGCUGUAUGCAUACGGAUAUAUUCUAGGGGUCUAUUUCUGCCCAAGGAACAGGUGUAAUUUUAGAUUAUCUGUUGGUCAUUGCUGGUUAAGGGUGGCUCUUAACAGGGGCCUGGUCCUGAGGACCUUGGCCCCGGGGCUUUCUGAGCUAGGAGACAGCAGUUCAGGCAGUGAAACAGGGAGUGGGUUAGUAAAGGGGGUUCCCUUUGCCUGGGGGAAUUUGAAUGGGAGGGUCCCAGGCCCUGGAGCUGGAGAGAAUGGAUUCUCUGGGGUCUCAAGUGUCCCUUGCUGGGGAGUCAGGCUAUUUUGAGCUUGCAGGUCAGGGAAGGCAAGGACUUCAUCCUGAUGCAGCAUCUGUUGUCAUUUCUUGGGCUUCUUCAGUGUAGCAGAGGGGGCAGGGGGAAGGCGUGGGCAGUUUCGAUGUCUGAUGGUCAGAAGCGGGCUGCAGGCAGCAGAUGGAAGAUGAGAUCAUUGGGUGCAAUUCACUCACCAAAAAAUGGGGAAACUGAGGCACAAUUUUCCUCAGAUUCAGCUCUGGCUCUGAGAAUCAUUCCUCUUCACAUUGCACAGGCCCAGAGAGCCCCCGUUUUCAGGGAGUGCCCGACCUGCACCUAACAUCAGCCAGGUACAGCUAAGCCACUGUCCCCAGGACCCUGACUUAAGACCAGCCAUGUGUUUUGUCCUCACACAGUCAGGGAUGUGCCCAAGACAUUUCCCCUCAUGAAGCAGAGCUGUCAAGUAACUUGGGGUCCUGGAACAGAUGUACUGAGGGUGGGAGGGUCAGGGCUGCCUGCUGCGGCUGGGGCUGCUGGAGGGAGGAAUGCAGGCUGGAGCGGCAUGCUGGAGCUGAGAUUCUGUGGGUGGGAGAGUAGGAGAGUGGCUGUGGGCUGAGUGCUGGUCCUUUCUCACUCAGCUCUGUUCUGGGACAGGCUUGAAGAAGUCCCGGCUGACCAUGCAGGGAGGCCAGGCGCGUGUGCAGUGGCCCUGCCCUUCUGCCUCUUUGCUUGAGCUCGCCCUGCAGCUCUGGGACCCUCUUAGUCCCGACCGCUCAUCUCCCCAGCCCAUCUGUCCCAGAGCCUGAGUGCCUCUGUUGUGCCCACCGCAGGUCCCCAAUAAAGCCUGUGCCCUGGC